AUGGCUCAUCGCGCCAGUUGGAGGGCGUUGUGCGCAGUCUUGCUGCCUGGCCUCAUUGCCGCAAAGCUUGUCCGUGAAGAGAUCACACUGACAUGGGAUCUGGGGGCUCCAAAUGGGCACGUCAGGGAGAUGAUCAAAAUGAACGAUGGGUUUCCCGGCCCGUAUUUUCUGUGGGAUGAGGACGACGACAUCGAGGUCAUAGUUCACAACCGAAUGCCGUUCAACUCGAGCAUCCAUUGGCAUGGACUGAUGAUGCAAGGCACACCUUGGUCUGAUGGCGCGCCUGGUGCGACGCAGCUGCCCAUCGAGCCCGAUGAAAUGUUCAUCUAUCGUUUCAAAGCCAGUCCCAGUGGCACUCAUUGGUACCACGCUCAUUCACGAACAACUUUAUUAGAUGGGUUGUAUGGUGGGAUCUUUAUCCGACCGAAUCCAGGCACUCCAGCUCCAUGGAGCCUGAUCUCCAAUGACAAGUCCCACAUUCAAGCAAUGGCCAAGGCGGCCAGCAACCCCAAUCCGGUGCUCGUAUCAGACUGGACGCAUGUCAAAUCCUGGAAUUAUAUGGAAGCCGAGGAGGCAUCCGGCUGUGUGGAUAGCAUUUUAAUCAAUGGCAAGGGUAGCAUUUAUUGCCCCGGAGAGGAAUAUCUGGUCAACCACACCAGUACUUAUAUGAAAUGGGCACUGUAUCCUGGCCAUGUCAACGACAAAGGGUGUUUCCCAUUCAUGAAAUCUACCGAAGGCCCCUAUCUUGCCCAAGGAAGACCAGAGACGAUUCCGUUGCACCUUCAAAAAGGCUGUGUUCCUGCCACGGGUGACCAAGAAGUGAUCCACGUAGACGCAACAUCAAAAUGGGCAAGUCUCAACUUCAUCGGUGCCGCUACCUUUAAAACGACUAUCUUCUCGAUUGACGAGCAUCCCAUGUGGGUCUACGAGGUGGAUGGGCACCGCAUCGAGCCACGAAAGGUCGACACGGUCAAGAUGUAUGCCGGCGAGCGAUACGCGGUCAUGAUCCAGUUAGAUAAGAGGCCCAAAGACUAUACGAUACGCAUAGCCGAUAGUGGACUGACCCAGAUCAUCUCCUCCUUUGCCACAUUGCGCUAUGCGGGCAGCCCAGGUAUUAGCUCUGAUAGCCGCGGAGUCAUUAACUAUGGGGGACAGAAUACCACAGCCGUGGUAACACUCGAUCGCGACCAUCUGCCGCCUUUCCCUCCGCUCCAGCCAGCCACUCAAUCAGACGAGCAUUUCGUCCUUCAUACUCACCGGUGGAUGAGUCCCUGGCAGUACACGCUCAGUGGUGGUGGAAUGUGGCAAGAAGACCGCAGUGCAUACACGCCUCUCCUCUACGACACCGAGCAACCAGACGCCCAGGACAAAGGCCUCAUCAUCCGCACUCGGAAUGGAUCGUGGGUCGAUCUCAUUGUCCAGGUGGGCUCGCAGCCAGGCCAGCCGCAGGAGUUCCCGCACAUGAUGCACAAACACACGGGGAAGAUGUGGCAAGUUGGCGCGGGAGAGGGUAUCUGGAACUAUACUUCGGUAGACGAAGCGAUGGCCGCCGAGCCGCAUCGGUUCAACCUUAAGAACCCUAACUACCGCGAUACAUUCGUCACUUCGUUUGAUGGUCCUUCCUGGCUCGUGUUGCGAUACCAUUCCAUCAAUCCCGGUCCAUGGCUCUUCCAUUGUCAUAUUGAGACGCACCUAGCAGGAGGUAUGGCGGUUGCCUUGUUGGAUGGUGUUGAUGCAUGGCCGGAAAUUCCACCAGAGUAUGCGCCCCAGCAAAAGGGUCUGGUGCCUGGCCAGCCUGCCCCACGACCGGGAAUAUACCUCCCCUCGCCUGGGGCGAAACUAGAUGUUUCUGGGGAUGUAGAAGAGGCCAUGGAACAGGCGGGGAUAGACAUGGUCGAAGCGUAUCGGUAUUCGAAAGUUUGGAACUCGGUAUUGCGGAAGAUGAUUGGGUUUCUCGAAACCAUCAAAUCUACUGGAUAG